AUUAAGGGCACGGACGUCAUGGAGCGGUACGAGGAGGAAGGCGAGGACAGCGACAACGAGACAGACCCGGAACAACUGUUGAACGAAUGGCUCGGCGAGUUGGACAGCCUGACCGUGGUGUGCCUCCUACGUUCUGUUGUGCAACGCAGAGGAAGUGGAACGAGCCGUCUACCGAAAGAAGAAGGAACUUUGAACUUGAAAAAAAAAAAAAAUUGAUCAUUUCAAACGAAAUUACGUUUUUUGGUAAGAUAAACGUAUUAAAUAUCAUCGAAUAAAGAAUCGUUUAACGUUGUGCGAAAAUGUAUUCAUCGAAAAAAAGAAGAAGAGAAAGAAAUUGUAAAAGAAGCAAUAUUUACGUGUUUACAAAAGACGAAAAAGAGAUGGUUGGUUUGGAAAUACAAGAUUGGGAUCCACGGUAUGGGAGAGGAACGAAAAGGAGAGGAUUUUGAGAAACACUGCGUAUCUGUGCCGAGCGCCACGCGACCAGGUCGUCCGGUCGGGCUGGGUGCCGGGUGUUGUUGAAAUCAACGUGGUGGGGUUCCUUCGACGACCACAACCGGAGCCUUAUGCCUUCAGUCGACUCUCGGCUCUCACUGCGACUCGAGCUGCCUGAGAUUUCCGUUAAUUAACCAACUACCGAUCCGCGACAGCGGCUGGCCAACCACAUCGCAGCCGCUCCAGAUACGAAUUCACCUUUCCUCUCGCCGGAAUCCGGAGUUGUCGUCCGCCAAAAAAGAAAAGAAAAGAAAGAGAACAUCUCGAGAAGAAGAGGCGAAGUCUGUUCAAUCCCAAUCCAUUCCAAUUGCGCGACGUCUCGUCCCGGAGGAUGAAUCGAUCGAAGUCGGGCGAGGAUCGACGAGGCCUACCGUUUUAAAAGCGCGAGUGAGCGAGCGAGCGAGCGACUGUGAGGAACGAUCGGCCGAUCCCGGAGAUCCGAUCCGACCAGUUCCUUUUACCGGUCGAUCACCUCGAUCCCGCGUCACAAUCGCUCGUGGAGCGGGACGUGCACGUCGCGUACGCGUCGUUGGCUGUUAAUUAGUACGUGGGUGCCGUGAUAGAGUGGGAAGAGACGAAAGAGGGAGAGGGAGAGAGAGGGAGAGAGAAGAGUGAGUGGAUGCGAAGAGAUGCCGAAAGCGGAGGGAGGACGAUUGAGAGGAGCGGAGGAAGAGAGGAUCGAGAAGUAAAAGAGGCGAGAAAGAGGGUUGGAGGUUAAAGCCGGAGUUAAAUAGAUGCAGGAAUCUGUACGCGGCGGCGCCAUGCUGGUGUAGCGAGCGAGAAAAAAUAUUCGGUUUCCCGGUGUGUAUCUCCUCUCCGUGUGAACGUGGCCGUGCGGAUGGAACGUAGGAAUCCCAGGAGCGUAACAGUGAACGCGUUCGCGGCCGGUUGAAGGGAGCGUGAAUUCGUUCAGGAGGACCAGUUCGCCGCUGCACAGGCGUUAAGAACCCGUUGAGACGUUGAGAGGAGGAAAAGAGGUGAACGGUUCGGGAGAAUUGUCUCGAGAGGAGAUAACAGUGGACGAUUCUUCUCGGUGAAAACGAAUUUUAUUAUAAACGAGUUGGAAAAGGAUCGAUGAUCCUCGAUCAGUGAUUAUUUUAACUUAAUUUUUCUUUUCUUUUCUUCUUUCUCUCUCUCUCUCUCUCUCUCUCUCUUUCUUCUCGUGUUGUACGAACGAGUAUAAAGGAAUAUACGCGAACGCGCGAGGAACAUGUUGUGCGGCACGUUCAGGAAGAAGAGAAGGCAUCCAGGGGAUGAGUAUCGAUUGGUGAGAUCGAACACGAUGCCUAGAAUCCUGUCGGCGAAGGAAGGUAGCCUGGUCACGGUCCGGAGAACAAAGUCCUCGAGGGUGGCGGCUCGUUCCCCUCAUCUCAGGGAUCUUCUGCACAUGGGUCUGGACAAUGUGAGCUCAGCGACCCUCAGGCCUUUCAACUCGGACAUCAACACGCCGAGGAUCGACAGCUAUAGGUUCUCCAUGGCGAAUCUGGAAGAUUCCCAGGAUGUCGAUCUGGACGCCAUCCUUGGCGAGUUGUGCGCUCUGGAGCGCCGCUGCGACGGCGACAUCGCUUCCACACCUGCACCCGACUCGCAGAGGCAGGGCCGACCCAACAGCACUAGAAUCACCGCUGGCGACAAUACCGAUAUCGGCAAAAACGAAGGAGCUAUGCGCACCGACAGUCCCGACAAUGACAGCGCGUUCUCGGACACGGUGUCGAUGUUGUCCAGUGAGAGUUCCGCGAGCAGCAGCGGUUCCGGGCACAAACCACCUCAGACCGCCAUGCACACGGGUCCCCAGCAGCAAUCUCACCAACUCAUGGACGCGGCGAGCCGAGUGAAGGCAGAGAAGAUCCGGUUGGCGUUGGAGAAGAUGCGCGAAGCCAGCGUUCAAAAAUUGUUCAUCAAAGCGUUCACCUUGGACGGGAGUGGGAAAAGCUUGCUCGUGGACGAAGGGAUGAGCGUGGCGCACGUGUGCAGGCUUCUGGCAGAUAAGAAUCACGUGCCGAUGGAUCCAAAGUGGACGGUGGUCGAGCAUUUGCCCGACCUUUUCAUGGAAAGGGUAUACGAAGAUCACGAACUGCUGGUGGAAAAUCUGUUACUGUGGACCAGAGACUCGAAAAAUAAGCUGCUCUUUGUCGAGAGGCCAGAAAAGACCCAACUCUUCCUCACUCCAGAGAGAUUUCUUCUGGGUCUAUCCGACAGAAGUUGCGGCGAAUACGACGAUCACUCGCGCAAUAUUCUCCUCGAGGAAUUCUUUUCAAGCAGUAACGUUGGCGUGCCAGAGGUGGAGGGACCAUUGUAUCUGAAAUCUGAUAGCAAGAAGGGAUGGAAGAGAUAUCAUUUUAUUCUCCGAGCAUCCGGCCUCUACUAUUGGCCGAAGGAAAAGGCUCGCACUGCUCGCGAUCUCGUUUGCCUGGCCACGUUCGACGUGAACCAAAUCUACUACGGCAUCGGUUGGAAGAAGAAGUACAAAGCCCCGACAGACUUUUGCUUCGCUGUGAAACACCCGAGGUUGCAGCAACCGAAAUCGACCAAGUACAUCAAAUUCCUCUGCGCGGAGGACAACGCGUCCUUGGAACGAUGGAUGGUCGGAAUCAGGGUGGCCAAGUACGGGAGGCAGUUGAUGGAAAAUUACAGGACACUGGUCGACGAGCUCGCCCAGGAGGAUCUCGAUAUGCUGGCCCACGCGAGGUCGUGCUCGGUUAGCUCGAUCGCCCCCCCAACUCAGAAUCAAACUCAGUACAACACCACGAACGAAAACGCUCGUCAAUUCACGGAAAAUUCAAGGCACAACGCGGAAGUGGCUAACGCCAGACAGUACGAAGACCAGAGGCAAAGUUACAAUUCCGAGCAACGACAGAGUUAUAACAACGACGGUAGACUGAGCAGAGCGAGCAGCUCGAGUUCCAGUGGAUGCCUGUCGGACGGAGCGCCCAGUAGUUGCGAGGUAGCUUUCGAGUGUGGCGAGUUUCCAACGGGCACGAUAAAGAGGAAACCCUCGAUGAAUCCGAAGCUGCCCCUAACGUCGAUCACGAGACAAUUGAAGGAAGUAGGGGAGACGGUUCGAGACGAGCCGGACUCGUGUCCCAGUCCGACCAGCUCGGGUUCCGGAACGUUGACCAGAAGGCACAGUCGAAGGAGGAGCGGCACCGACUCGGACGGAUCCGGGACUUUGAAGAGACAUCACAGAUCCGGUAACGCGACCCCAGUCAGCCCUGUCCCGCCCGGCACACCGGUCAGAGAAAGAGCGAGCCCCAUGGGCUACAACAGAUCGGAUAAUCAGGAAUCGAAAACACCGACCAGUCCUAUACCGUCGUGUAUGAUGGACUCGAUCACCUCGUUACCACCGCCACCGUCACCGUCCAGGGUCACGGAGGAGGCAGAAUCCGAUAACGAGCCGCUCCCCCCACCUCCGCCAGAGAUGUUCAGAUCGAAUCUCUCGUUGGACUCUCUGCCACCUCCCCCGGCGCCUGGCGAACUGCCGGUGUGCAACACGCCGGAGCUCACCGGCUCCUCGUUGAGUUUGGCGUCCCUUCCGCCGCCCCCGAGCCCUCUGGUCGGCGAGACGGGGACGAUUCGUCGGGCGAGGCCGAAACAAUCCGCAUCCUCGAGCUCGUCGUCGAUGACGCCCGAAGGUACGCCGACCCACGCCUCGUCCAGGCCGUCGUCGAGCAACCAACAGCAGAUGUACUCGAAUCCGAGCAGCAACUCGACGAUCCAGAACAGCCAGAGCUACGGUUCGCAGAACCCGCAGAACGCCGUUCACGCGAGCAACGCGGUGAAUUCGGUAUCGUCGCCGCACAGUUCCUACCCAGGCUCGAGCGCCAGCACACCGACCUACGCCCCGACCUCGCCCAACUUCGCCUCGCCCCCCCCGUUCGUGCCCCCGCCAGCCUACGGUUCCCAGCAGCAACACGGGAACGGGUCGUCGAGCCUGACGAGGCAAAACUCGAAGAUAGAGUCGAUGUACGGUGGCCACCAGCAGCACAACGCGAUCCAGCCUAUCAGGCCGAAUCCGAACAUGGACACGGUGAGGCGAAGCGCGAUGAAGCAAGGAUCGGCGGCCGGCCAUUACGCGGCCCCCCCCUAUCUGGCCGAGUUGAAGGCUGCCUCCAGCCCCCAGCCCCAGCGCAGGGUCACCAUUCAAGAGCCGCCCACCUCGCCCAAGUCGAAAACCGGCACGGGGAAGAAGAUCACGUUCAAUCUUCCCCCGCAGCAGGAACCGGGCAGCCCCGCUUUGCCGCAGAGGAAGCCUAUGCCGCCCAGGAGGUCGGACAGCACGAGGCUCACGUCUCCCAAGAAGCUGGCAGCGUCCGACCAGGCGCCACCCGGCGACUUCCUCAAGGAUCUUCAAAGAGUGAUGAGGAAAAAGUGGCAAGUGGCGCAGAAGUGCAAGCUCGACUCGACCACGACCCCUCACGAGGUGCUCGGCUUCCGCGACCCGCCCCCCGCCGUCGCCGAUUACAGGGAGACGAACGUGUCGAACUGGGUGCAGGAACACUACGGGGCCGACAAUCUCUACGAGAACGUGUACGCGACGGAUCCCCACGCCCCCGUCGAGUACGCGUCGAGCCCCGCCCGCCAGUCGAGCGUCCGAUUCGCCGACGAGAAUCGCAGCAUCAACAUCGUGAACGCGAUCGCGAGUAAACGAAGGCCGCCACCCCCGCCGCCGAAGAGGGCGGAGACCACCCAUCUGACCACCACCAGGGCGAUGCACUGACAAUAGCAGAUACUCCAGCCCCAUCCCGAGAGGCGAUGGUUUUGCUGUUUGUGCAGCUGGUGGAAGGGGUGAGGGUGAGGCGGGAAGGGCGCUUUCUUCUCUCUCUGUCUCUGUCUAUCUCUCUCUUUCUCUCUCUGUGAUUUCGGUCACACCUUUUUUGCGCUUUUCGAGGUCCUAAACCGUUCGAGUCUGUGACGCGUCCCCCUUCCCGCGCGUCCUCCGAGGGAAACGAGGCGAGGCGAAGGGAAAAGCGGAGGAGUUGGACGACGAUUAUCCUUAUCCUUGAGAGGGGAGGCUCGGCUUUUGCGUACGCGUCGCCGCCACACGUUCUUUGCACGGAGAUCGGCUGCUUCUGGAACCGCCUUGAAACGAUCCUUUUUUUCUUUUCCGUGGGAAUUAAAUAAUCCCGUCGUCCCUCUAGGAUUAAAAUACAUUUGUGUACAUUUUAAGGUCUCGCGGGCGAAAGCGUCUCGCGAUCGAUACUGCCAAUCGAAACCGAUGAUCACUAUGAUCACGUGCGUCGAGUCCGUCGAGGCUCGAACAUAUAGGAGAAUUUUCUUUUUCCUUCUUUUUCUUUUUCUUUCUUUCUUUUUUUAUACGUAUAUAUAUAUAUACAUAGCGACAGAAGUUUGACAUAAUCGCGAAUCGGAGCUGCAGGUUAAAAUUGUCAACGAGUUAUCGAUGUGAAACAUCGAUUCUCAGCGCCGAGCCCUUCUCGACGGCCGAUCAAAUUUAUUCAGGACGUUUGAGAGAAGCAAAUACUGCCGCACAUAUUGACGAUGUGAUAUAAUAAAUCUUAAGCUGCUAAUUUCGUUUUGUCUCCCGUUUUGGAAAAACGACCGAGACGAUUGAUUCCGACCGAUUUCUUUACCGAUCCGGUCGAUCCGGGAUACGAUCCUCUCGGUUUCGAGGCAAUCGAAUUUAAAUUUAAAGAAGGGAAAGAAGAAGUGAAGAAAAGAGAAAAAAAAAAAAGAAAAAAGAAAAAAAAAAGAAAAAAAGAUAAAUGCACGAGAACCGUGGUCGUAUCUCUGUGUGCAAGUUUAUAAUCCAGAGUUAACUAAGGCUUAGCUAAGUAUCUCUGAUGCUCGCUGACGCAGAUUAAGCAAAUUCGCGUUGAGUAAGAUGGAAGGACGAUAUUUUUUUUCUUUCUUUUCUUUUUUUUUUCUUUUUCCUCUUUGCGUUGUUCCAAUUACGAACAAUUGUAUCGCGACGCGGUUAAAAAAAAAAAAAAGGAAUAAUAAAAUCGGGACAAGAAAGAUUUUGUUCAUUCGGGGAAGAGGAUAAACUUCUCAGAGACACGAAGAAAGACACACACACACACACUCCUCGUUCGUUCGCACGAGAAUACGUUCGCAAGAUGACACGUAUUGCGUUUCCUUUUUUUUUUUUUUUUUUUUUAAACGUACAUAAGUGUGUAUGUAUAUAAAUGGAAACACGUAUGAGCGUUUAUAUAUCGACUUUUUGAUGCUGUAUGUUUAGAUCGAUAUCGUACGAUAUUACGAUAAUAUCCUCUCUGUACGACGUGUGUAGCACGAUAAAGCAUAAUCCAUUCGACAGUGGGCACGAAUUCUAUUCGCCCUUCGUCUCGAGGCUCUGCUAUACGAACGCGUACGCAUACACGAUUACGAAUACGCUAAAUUUUUUCAACCAAGACUCUUUACAAACGAAAUUUUCACUCCACGACUCGACAUAUCUCGUUCCUACCAUUUUUCACUUCUCAUCUUUGUUCCCGUUUCGCUGCUUCCGAAAUCCUAGUAACUAAAUUAUCAAAAAACAAAAUCGAAACGUGAUUCUCCUUCAACGGGAGCUUCUUUUUCGAUAAUUUCGUCUUCGAUCGACGCGUGGAAAGAAGACGAUUUGUGGACUUUGUGAAUUUGUAUCCGUUGUAUACCACUUCUGUUUAAUAUUUUCUGUAUAUCAAUUAUGCGAGAUCCAUACGAUUCCAUCUACGAAUUUCGAUAUUGUCAGCGUGAUUCGAUAUGCGAAUCGAAUGUUUUUUCCCUUUUUAUUCGAUACACAUAUCAGAGUAACUUUUCACAGAUCGAUUUGUAAUCACUUGGAGAUUUUAACGCGGCAAAUAUUUUUAAUUAUUCUCACAAGUCCACGUAUAAUAAUCCACGUUCGAUCUCUAUCGACUUUUCUAGAGUGCGCACCGUUCUCAUCCACUCCUGAUCGAUGAAUAUCGUGCCGGAACAUUACGUCAUUUUAUACUUGUAUCGAUCAAGAGCAAUACGAGGAAACUGGAUUUCGACGAUGCAACAAGUCAAGUUCUCAGCAACCAUUGAAGGCCUCUCGUUGACCGUACUUUUUUAUAUCGAACUCGAUAUCGGAGCUAUCUAGAAUUUCACAGAGUGCGUUACUCCUUUUCCGAUCUUUUAACUUGGAAAGUUGAGCGUAUUCGAGUAAAAGAAAAAAAGAAGAAAAAGAAAAAAAAAGAGAAAAAAAAAGAAAAAAGGGGGAAAAAAAAUAGAAGCAACGGAAUAAGAUUAUAUGUAAAAGAUAGGGGAGGGAAGAGAAGUUUGGUCGAGGAGGUUUGCAAGCUUUUUACAAGACGUUUAAACGAUUAUAUAUCACCGAAAGAAGCGACGAAGAAGAUCGCGAUAUUUUCUACUAAAUCAAUUUUGAUACGGGAGCUAGAUGACAAAGAGGAGAAUUUUUUUACGCGUGUAUCCAGUGCCUCUCCUGGUGAGCUUUUUUUUCCUGAUCCUUUUUCCAACGACAGACACGCGACAACAAAUCCCCGGAUCGUUAUUAUUCCGGAUAAAUUCGUAAAUGAGGAAUGAGAGAAUUUAGGGAUAACGAUUCUCGAUUCUCUCGAGAAUCCCGUAAUCGUAUGCAAUCGUGAACAAGGUCCAAUUGAACUGAACUGAAAUAAUAACGAGUGAACGAUAUUUCGUCUUCUUUUUCACACGUAAUUGUAAACGAUAUUAUUAUAGAUUAUUCACUUGUCCGUGUCUUUCUUACGUACGUACGAGAGAUUUCUAAUAAGAGGAUAUCUUGGCCGAUUUUUUCUCGCGUCCAAGAGACGAUAUAUGCUCGAUCGAUCGAGCACCAGUGCCACGUGGAAUGAAUUCUUCUUCGACGCGGUUUUUUGCUCGAGAUUGAGGAAGAGGAGGAGGAGAGGAAAAAAAAAAUAGUAGAUUAAAAAUAUUUUAUUUCGAUGUUAUUUUGCGAUCACAAGGGACGAAGAAUUGAUUUUUUGAAAUGUGAAUUUUCGAAUGUGGAUUGGAAAAUUGAUCGAUUGUUGAAAGAAGAAGAAGAAGAAGAAGAAGAAGAAAGAAUAAAUUUUUAGUUUCUCAUAUUUUCCAAGAUAUUUCUUCGAAACUCGUAUAAAGGAAUAAAUAAGCGAUAUAAUUUUAGUUCGAUACCUAUAUGAAAAGGAUUUAUUAUUAUUAUUAUUAUUAUUAUUAUUAUUAUUAUUAUUAUUUUCUUUUUUUUUUAAUUCUUAAGAGAAACUCUACAAACCGCUAUUUUUCUUUUCUCAUUACUUUUUUAAAUAUAUAUAUCUACAAUUUGGAAAACUAUACUUACUUGUACUUUCGGGUAAAUAAUUCCCAAGACGGGAGAAUUUUUAUCAAUAACGAAUAUUCUGUAACCCAUACGAUUAAAGCGACACGUUUUUUUACAUUAUAUCUGUAUUAUUUGUAAGCUUUGAUUUAUUUAUUUUAAUUUUGUACAUAAUUGUGAUUCGAAAGUAGAGAGUACAAAUAUUUAAUAAAAGUAUGUAGAAAUGGAAACCAUGUUUCUUUUAAGUUUACAUUUUAGUUUAUAUCUUUCUCUUUUCUUUUUUUUUUUUUUUCUCCUAAGAUCUUAAGACUCUUAAGAUAGAGAUAAAUAGAAAUAAUUGCCAGAUGUUUGGGUUACAGAGUUUAUUUAAUUUUCGCCUUUUACCUGUUUUGGCUUGUUUGACGAAAAUUUCUUCGAACAAUUCCCGCGAAGAAGGAACAAGCGCCACGUGGUCCAAAGUUUUCGUAAGAAUCGGCGAAGCGAACGACUCCUUUUUAUACCCGUUUAUACAGUUUAAGGAAGCGAGGCUUAAUCGAGCUAAACGGAAGGAAAGAAGAAAAGAAAUAGGACGAAGGAGAGGAAGCUUUAGCGUGGUAGAUCGCGUGCUCGAUCCUUUCCUUACGCCGCUGAUAAACGCCGAUCGCACAACGAUCGUCACCGUGUUGUUGCGCGAUUAUCCACGCGAUUCAUCUUCUCUUCUUAUCGUUCGAUCCUCGUUCGAAGAAUUUUUGAAUAUUUGACGAUCGACGAUCGACUGGAAAAAUCGAAAUUCCCUCGCUUUGGGAAGGUAAGAGGGUCGAGUGCAAUUGGAGAAAAAAUUCUUAGAUGGAUAAUUUCGAAUUUUAAAUUUUCGAAGAUGAAAAAUCAACUAUCGGCGAGGAAGGAAAGCGAGAUGAGAGAAAUGAACGAUAAAAUGUUUCGAUCAAUCCUGCCUAACAUUUUAUUUCCUUUUUUCCACCGAUAACUCUGAAUAUAAUCCUGUGUUGUGCGUACGUUCUUUUUUCUUUUUUUUUUUUUUGUAAAUAUUGUAACGAACACGAGAAAAAGUUGAUGGAAGAAGAGGGUGAAUGAAAAUGACGAAUCGACCGUGCUCCACCGAUUUUGAUAAUAAUAAUAAACGCGCUAUUUAUGACGACAGGAAGGAAGCGAUCUUUCUUUUUUUUUUUCCUCGUUCUUGUCGCGCGCACGCAUGGAUCGCGUAUCGAAGGAAGGGAUGGAAGGGAGGAAAUAAUGGAGGCGAGAGAAGGAGAAAAAGGGAAGGGAGAGAAAGGAAAUAAAAGGAAAGGAAUCCAGCUCUGAUGCGUUUCGUUCGAUUUGAUCCGAUUCGAUCGUUCAGUCGACGAACGAGAAUUGCGUUUACAUCUUAUCGAUUACGUAUAUCCUUGAAGGAUUAGACGAUCUUUUCUCGCUAUUUUCUAUUUCUCUCUCUCUCUCUCUCUCUUCCUCUCUUUAUCCCUUUCUUCAAUCUUUAUAACUUUCGUUCGACGAAUUGUCGAAUCGACUAUUUAAAAAAAAAAAAGAAUGCGGCAAUACCGAUUAAUUUUGGAUAAGAUCUAUCUCGACGCCGAUUGUUUUUUUGAAUAUAUUGACACCGAGUGGAAAAGCGAAGAAAAUGCAAGCAGCAGUUGAAAUAUUAUAGGUAAUAUUAUAUUCAUGUUUUUAUGUAAAUAAAUUUUUGGUAUAUUUCAA